AUGCACGCCGACCAGCUAUUACCGGCGGUCGUCGCCGCCGUGGCCCUGGCUUGCCUGCUCAUCGCCGGCCGGGCCGAUGGCCUCGAGGAGUACGCCCCUACUGGGGCGGUGAGCCUGGAGAUGGAGCCGCUGUCCAUGAACCAGAACCCCGGGCAGUACCUCCCGCGACCGGAGGUGAUGCCGCUGCCGACCGAUCUGCUCUCAAGGCCGGACGCGGGUGGCGACGGUGAGGAGUACGUCCCGCAGGUGGAGGUCGUGCCAGAGGUGGUGGUGCAGCCGGGCGACCCCCUCGCCGAGGCACUCGGCGGCAGCUCGUACGUCGCAGAGCAGCCAGCGACGGAGCCGGUCACGUUCGGCGGCGACUUCUACCGCGCCGGUAUGACACCGAGCUCACAGCCGCCGGCGAAGCCGUCUUCCCCUGAUCAGAAGAAGUAUGGCGGCUCGCCCAAGUGA